CCCAAAAUGGCGAACGUAACUGCCGCUGCUGCUGCUGCCGCCGCUGCUGCCGCGAGUAGAGACCCAGCCGUUGAUCGUUCAUUACGUUCAGUGUUUGUUGGGAACAUUCCGUAUGAAGCCACUGAAGAGCAGCUGAAAGACAUCUUUUCUGAAGUCGGACUUGUUGUGAGCUUCAGGUUAGUCUAUGACAGGGAAACAGGAAAGCCGAAGGGGUAUGGCUUCUGUGAAUAUCAAGACCAGGAGACGGCCCUCAGUGCCAUGCGGAACCUGAACGGGAGAGAGUUCAGUGGUCGCGCUCUCCGUGUUGACAACGCAGCCAGUGAGAAAAACAAGGAAGAGCUCAAAAGUUUAGGAACAGGAGCCCCCAUUAUCGAGUCUCCUUAUGGAGAUAGCAUCCAGCCACAGGAAGCCCCAGAGUCCAUCAGCAGAGCUGUGGCCAGUCUGCCACCUGAGCAGAUGUUUGAACUUAUGAAGCAGAUGAAGCUGUGUGUGCAGAACAGUCCUCAGGAGGCGAGGAACAUGCUGCUGCAGAACCCUCAGCUGGCCUAUGCUCUGCUGCAGGCCCAAGUUGUCAUGCGGAUUGUUGACCCCGAGAUUGCCUUGAAAAUGCUCCACCGUCAAACUUCAGUUCCGCCUCUGAUUCCCAGCGGGCAGGGUGGAGGAGCGCCUCCAGUCAAUCCACCUCCUGCACAGCCCAGCGCGCCAGUGUCUCAGCCGCAGCCUGUGCCUGGAAUGCAUGUCAAUGGAGCCCCUCAAAUGAUGCAGCCCCCCAACAUGGGUGUUGUCCCUGGUCAAAUGCCUGUUCCAGGACCAGGACCAGGACCAGGUCCAGUACCAGUGGGACCUCCAGGACCAGGCGGUAUCCCCCCCAGAGGCCUGCUGGGAGAUGGUCCUAAUGAUCCCAGAGGAGGAACUCUGCUGUCUGUCACUGGAGAGGUCAUAGACCCCAACCGGGGUUACAUGGGUGCUCCACCGCCCCACCAAGCCCCACCUGUACACAUGGCCCAAAUGGCAAGUGGACCCCCUCCGGAUAUGAGAGGACCUCCAAUGGACAUGAGAGGCCCGGCCAUGGGUGAACCACGAAACAUGAUGGGUGACCCCAGAGGGCCCCCGAUGAUGGAGCCACGGGCACCGCCAAUGGAAACCAGAGGCCGUGACCCUCGGGCGAUGGACGCUCGCGGCCCAGUGGCGGGACAGAGGGUUCCCAUGGCAGCAGGGAUGCCUGGCCCCGUUCCUCAUAGCAUGGGCCCCAAUGCUCCUCCACCUGCGAGACCGGGUCCUGGUAUCUCUGGCGUUCCUCCAUCGGGAGGAGGCUUCAGUCCGGGGCAGAGCCAGGUCUCCACACAGGACCAGGAGAAGGCCGCCCUGAUCAUGCAGGUCCUGCAGCUGACCCCAGAACAGAUCGCCAUGUUGCCCCCAGAGCAGCGGCAGAGCAUCCUCAUCCUCAAAGAGCAGAUUCAAAAGACUGCAGGAGGGGCGCCUUGACGGUCCGACCGAGAAGAACCUCAGCAGGUGUCAGGACUCACAAACUGCUCCACUCUGUCACCUUCACCGUGAACUCUGAAGACGUCUCAUUAGAUUGGGAUAUUGUAUAGUUGUUUUUUUUUAUCAUCUUGUCUGUUUUCUGUAUGGAAGAGUGAUGUUGGCGCUUGUGGAUUUAAAAAUAAGUGAAACCUUUGAGAGGAUGAUGGCGGUGAAUGCUGAACAGAUGAAAGAGACCAGGGCUGAAGCUCCAUGAGGUUUCAUCCUUUUCUGCCUAAGCCGACUGUUUUCAUCUUAUUGGCUCUGGAAACUGUUUGUCUGGAUGUUGUUUUGUCAAUAAAAUAAACAAGAAGACAUGCCUUUAUUCAUUUAUUCAGCAGGAGUUUGGAAUUGUAUACAAGAAAUGCAAAAUGAGCAACUUGUAAAACAGUAAUAAAAGUCCUUCCAUUUCUUCAGAGGAUGACUAACCACA